AAGCAUGUCGGUACAUUCCUGCAGGCCACCAACGCAUGCCGUUCUUGGUCCCAGCUGAUCUGUCCUAAGCUGCAGCAGCUGUGCAUCUGUCGCGACGUCGUCGCUUGUUGCCUCCCUAGGCGCUACCGGUCUAGCUAGGCCAUGUGGACCUGUUCAAACAACACUCGCACAAUUUUUUUUUUAUUUCAGCCUUUUUAUACGACACAUUCUCGGACCUUAGCAGUUUGGAAUUUGGAUGAAAACGGCAUCAUCCAGAUGAUUCCACAGAACGUUAACAACAUUGACAAUUCCGUUCCAGAACGGAAACAGCGUAUUGGCGAGCUCGUCGAUGCUAACGCUACGCUGAUGGAACCAUGUGCAUCCUGUCACGGUGCAUAUAAACCCCCUCACCAGUCAGUCACCAGUCACCACCUGAAAGGAAAAAAAAAAACCCGACGAGAGCACACCAGCAACAGCAAGCAAAAGCCACAGCGACCGAUCCGAUGGCCAACCGGCGGACGGGCCCCCUAUCCGUGCUGGUGGCCACCGUGUGCCUGCUCGUGCUCGUGGCAACGAACGCGGAGGCCAGCAGGCACUCGCGGCUUGUCCCCGCGGCGUUCGUGUUCGGCGACUCCACGGUGGACGUGGGCAACAACAACUGCCUCAACGUCACCGCCGCGGCCAGAGCCAACUACCCGCAGUACGGCAUCGACUUCCCCGGGUCCAAGCCGACCGGGCGGUUCAGUAACGGCUUCAACACGGCAGACCUGCUAGCUCGAGGCCUCGGCUUCACCAAGAGCCCGCCGGCUUACCUCUCCCUGUCGGAGAAGGGCAUCCGGUCUCACAUGUGCAAGGGCAUCAGCUUCGCGUCGGCAGGGUCCGGGCUCUUGGACUCGACCGGCAGAGUACUGUUUGGCGAGGUGAUCCCCAUGUCCGUCCAGCUGGAGCACUUCUCGGGGGUUGUUGACCGCAUGGUCAAGCUCUCGGGUCAGAGGAAGACCGCCGCUCUCCUCCGCAAGUCCAUCUUUUUCAUCAGCACCGGCAGCAACGACAUGUUCGAGUACUCCGCGUCGUCCCGUGCCGACGACGACGACGACGAAGCGUUCUUGGGUGCCCUGGUCGAUGCCUACAAGCACUACAUCAUGUCGCUGUACGAAAUGGGCGCGAGGAAGUUCAGCGUCAUCAGCAUCCCGCCGCUGGGGUGCAUCCCGUCGCAGAGGCUGCGCCGGCUGAAGCAGCUGGGAACGCAGGGCUGCUUCGACCCGCUCAACGACCUGUCGCUCAGCUCCUACCCGAUGCUCGCGGGGAUGCUGCAGCAGCUCAGCGACCAGCUGCCCGGCAUGGCCUACUCCCUCGCCGACGCCUACGCGAUGGUCUCCUUCGUCUUCCAAAACCCGCGGACCGAGGCCUGGAACUUCACGGACCUGGAGGCCGCGUGCUGCGGCGGUGGCCCGUUCGGGGCGGCGCUCGCGUGCAACGAGACGGCGCCGGUGUGCGCCGACCGCGACGAGUACCUGUUCUGGGACGCCAACCAUCCCUCGCAGGCCGUCUCGGCCAUCGCCGCGCAGACGAUCUUCGCCGGCAACCAGACCUUCGUCAACCCCGUCAACGUCAGGGAGCUCGCGAUGCUGUGAUUCUGCGAAUUUUUUCAAGGGAUUCCUCAAGACGCUUUGCUCCGAAUUGUUGUACUACCAACCAAUAAGCAGUAGUCGCACGCACUACCGGACGGGGUCAGCAGCUAGCUGGUUCCGAACGCAGUCAAAUCUGUCAUAGGGAUCCGCGCAAGGCCAGCCCGUGUGCUUCAAGCAGAAAUUUGUUUGUUCUUGUAUUGUUUAUUUCAAAACUUCAAUGACCUUUCUUGCUCUUUAUAAACAAAGAGAUUUUUUUCCUCUUUAAAAAAUAACCUUGUCAUUGUCACAUUGGUUGGUAAAUGGGAUGAUGAAGGGAAUGAUUUCGCCUCCUUGGUGCCUAA